GCCAAUCGGCAGAACACAAAGGAGGAGCGGAGGGAGGCUGGACGAGUCUGGUUCCUCUUUGCCGCCAGAAGAAGAAGAAGCCUUGGAUGCCGCCGGGGAUGGCAGCGGAGGGAAGGAGAGGAGGAGGAGGAAGAGGGGCCCCUUUGGCAGCCCUGGCUGGGCUUCUCUUUCCCCUUUGGCCCGGCUUCCUCGUCCCCUCCGUGGGCGCCCAGCAGGCUCCUUCCCUGGACUUUGGACCGGGCACCAGCAGCAGCCUCCAGCCGCCUUACUUCAACCUGGCCGAGACGGCGGGCAUUUGGGCCACAGCCACCUGCGGGCAGGACGAGGGGGGGAAGCCCCGCGCGGAGCUCUAUUGCAAGCUGGUGGGGGGGCCCGCCGCUUUCCCCGCCGGAAAGACCAUCCAGGGCCAGUUCUGUGAUUAUUGUAAUGCUGCCGAUCCAAAGAAAGCUCACCCAGUAACCAAUGCUAUAGAUGGGACCGAGCGCUGGUGGCAAAGUCCGUCUCUCUCCUUAGGUCUGAAGUAUGAUGAAGUCGAUGUUACUUUAGAUCUAGGACAGCUCUUUCAUGUGGCGUAUGUCCUCAUCAAAUUUGCCAAUUCACCUCGUCCAGAUUUGUGGGUAUUAGAAAGAUCUGUAGAUUUUGGAAGAACCUACAAACCAUGGCAAUAUUUUGCUCAUUCUAAGGCAGAUUGUUGGCAACAUUUCGGAAAGGAGGCAAAUAUUCGUGUUAGAGAAGAUGAUGAUGUUAUUUGUACCAUAGAAUAUUCUCGGAUUGUGCCUUUAGAAAAUGGAGAGGUUGUGAUAUCCUUGGUAAAUGGCCGCCCAGGAGCGAAUAACUUCACCCAUUCCCCCACACUUAGAGAAUUUACUAAAGCAACGAAUAUCCGUUUGCAUUUCCUCAGAACCAACACACUUCUUGGGCACUUGAUAUCUAAAGCGCAACGAGAUCCCACCGUGACACGCAGAUACUUCUACAGUAUAAAAGAUAUCAGUGUGGGUGGGCAAUGUGUUUGCCAUGGACAUGCCGAGGUCUGUGAUCCAAAAAAGGACCCAGAUUCAUACAGGUACCAGUGUGAAUGUCAGCACAACACAUGUGGAGAAACAUGUGAUCGUUGUUGCCCUGGAUAUCAUCAAAAACAUUGGCAGCCAGCAACUACCAGCAGCUCAAACCUCUGUGAACCAUGCAACUGCCAUGGACAUGCCACUGACUGCUAUUAUGACCCUGAGAUUGAGCAGCGUAAAGCAAGCUUAAAUAUCUAUGGGGAAUAUCAAGGUGGCGGGGUCUGCAUUGACUGUCAGCAUAACACGGCUGGUGUAAAUUGUGAGAGGUGCGUGAAGGGUUACUAUCGUCCUUAUGGUGUUCCGGUGACAGCGGCACAUGGAUGUAUCCCCUGCAACUGCAGUCCAGAGCAUUCUGAUGGCUGUGAAGAAGGAUCAGGCAGAUGUUAUUGCAAACUGAAUUAUCAGGGUGAAAACUGUGAUGAGUGUGCUGAUGGAUAUCAUAGUUUCCCCUUCUGUUACUGGAUUCCUGUUUAUCCUGUAAUUACUCCAGCUCCAAAAGAGGAUCCUUCAGCUGGUCAUAUAAUUGGAGGUGACUGCAAACCAGGAUUUUUUGGACCACAAUGUCAGCCUUGUCAAUGCCAUGGUUCAGGAGCGUUGAAUGUUGGCGACUGUAAUCCAGAAACAGGACAGUGCCAAUGCUAUGAAGGAUUUCAAGGGACUGCCUGUGACAGCUGUGCAAUAGGACAUUUCUAUUAUCCUUUCUGUCAAAAGUGCAAUUGUGAUGCAACGGGAUCUGUGGGCAAUAUCUGUGGUUCUCAAGGUGACUGCCUUUGCCAUGUAAAUUAUGCUGGGCCUAAAUGCAGCCAGUGUGCCGCUGGAUAUUACAGCUAUCCCAGUUGCUUCCCUUGUAGGUGCUCACCUCAAGGAUCCAACCAAGAGUCGUGUGACCCAGCCACAGGGCAGUGUGAAUGCCGACCUGGUGUAUCAGGGCAGCAGUGUGACAGAUGCCUCUCAGCAGAUAAGCACUUUCCUUAUUGUCAUGGAACAAACCAUGAAUGUGACCCAGCUGGAGCCGUCGAUUCAUAUUCUGACUAUUGUCAGUGUCUGCAGAAUGUGGAAGGCCCCACAUGUAGCAUCUGCAAACCAAUCUACUGGAACCUGGCCAGAGAAAACCCUGAGGGAUGUGUAGAAUGUCAGUGCAAUGCAUCUGGAACACUGAGCGGAGUCAGAGAGUGUCAGCAGGUUGAUGGCGAAUGUUAUUGUAAACCUAACGUUUGUGGAGAUUCUUGUGAUAUGUGUGAAGAUGGUUAUUAUGGGUUAGAGGCCAAGAACUACUUUGGAUGUCAAGGAUGUGAAUGUGAUGUGGGAGGGUCUGUAAGCCAGGUGUGUGAUGAUCUGUCUGGUGACUGUCAGUGCAGAAACCACAUGGUUGGGAAAAACUGCAAUGAGCCAAAAAAGAACUACUAUUUGCCUGAUUUACAUCACAUGAAAUAUGAAAUUGAAGAUGGAACAUCUCCUAAUGGAAGAGGGAUCCGGUUUGGUUAUGACCCUCAAGAAUUUCCCGGCUUUAGUUGGAGAGGUUAUGCACAGAUGUCCUCAAUACAAAAUGAAGUGAGGAUAACUCUGAAUGUGAACAAACAAAAUCUCUCUUUAUUUCGUGUUAUCUUGAGAUAUAUUAAUCCCGGAACAUCUGUAAUAUCUGGCCAUAUAACUGCGCAUCAAACUCGUCCUCGGAAUGGAACUCAUCAGAGGAAAGACAUUGUGUUCCCACCAAGUCGUGAGCCCUCUUUUGUCACUGUCCCAGGGAGGAACCCCGCAGACCCAUUUUUGCUGGGUCCUGGAACAUGGAUUCUUAAAAUCAUGGCUGAGGGAGUCCUUCUGGAUUAUUUGGUGCUCUUACCACGUGACUAUUUUGAGGCACCCAUCCUGCAGUUACCAGUUAGAGAACCUUGCACAUAUUCAAGACAUGCCACAACAGAUAACUGUUUGCAAUAUGAGCACUUGCCAUUGGAAAGAUUUUUGUGUGUAUUUGGCUCCGAAGUAACAUUUUUCUUGCAAGGAGGAGAAUACAGGAAAGUAGUUUUCCAACAGCCAAGUGCCAAACAUCCACUUAUGUCUUACAUAAGUGGUCAAGAGGUGGAUCUUCAAAUCAGAUUAAAUGUUCCCCAAGUGGGCCGCUACGUAAUAGUACUUGAGUACGUCAAUGAACACAAUAAAAUGUAUGUUGGUAAUGUGGAGAUCAAAAGCCUGGGGCACAUGUCAGAGGCAAAAAUUAAUCUAUACAAUUGCAAGUAUAGCUUCCUAUGUCGCAGUGUUGUGACUGAUGAUCUGAAUCGCAUUGCAGUUUAUGACCUUUUGUCUGAUGCAGAGUUCCGUCUCAGGUUGCCAGAAAUACAUUUUCUUCUGAAUAAAAUUUGCAUUAUUCCAGUGGAAGAUUUUUCCCUAGAAUAUGUGAAGCCUCAGCUGCAUUGCAUUGCCACAUAUGGCCAAUCAUCAAGUGCUUCAUGCAUCCCUUCACAGUAUGAAACACCUCCUUUAACAGUGGUGUUGGAUGCUCUGAGGGAUGGGAAUAUCAAAGAAGUGGUAAGAAAUAAAGGCUAUCAAGAUUCACUGAGGGCUCCCUUUCCAAAUGCACACACAGCUAAUGGAGUGACUUUGACAUCUUCACAGAACCAAAUUACUCUGAGAGGGAGAGUGAUACAUUUGGGCAGAUAUGUGUUCAUCAUACAUUUUUAUCAGCCAGAGAGCCCAAUGUUUCCAGUGGAAGUAACUAUAGAUGGAGGACAAUUCUGGUCAGGAUCUUUUAAUGCUUCAUUUUGUCCACAUAUUUCUGGAUGUCGAGGCCUGGUGAUGGCAGAAAGCCAAAUUGAACUUGACAUCUUCAAACAUGAUAUCUUGGUCACUGUGAAAAUUCCUAAUGGAAAAAAAAUGGUGUUGGGCCACAUUUUGGCUGUUCCUGCUGACAGUUACAGUUACACACUUCUCCAUCAAGACACUGUGGACAAGUCACUUAAUUUCAUCAAUCAGUGUGGUGAAAACAGUUUUCACAUUACCCCUGUAAUGUCCUCAGAAUUCUGCAGAAAUUCAGUAAGGUCUCUUGUGGCAGCCUACAACAAUGGUGCACUGCCUUGCAAUUGCCACAGAAAUGGUGCCGCCAGUCCUACAUGUGACCCUAUGGGAGGGCAGUGCCCCUGCAAACAAAACAUUAUUGGCCUUCAGUGCAAUAGGUGCCGAACAGGCUAUUAUGGAUUUCCAUUUUGCAAACCAUGCCGUUGUGGGUGGCGCCUUUGUGAUGAUAUCACUGGCAAGUGUAUUUGUCCUCCUCAAACCGUAAAGCCAAGAUGUGAAGUGUGUGUGAGGCAGCACUUUGGUUACCACCCGCUUGUUGGAUGCGUGGGAUGCAAUUGCUCAAGUCAAGGGGUUGUUAAUGCAGUGAACCCUGAAUGUGAUAAAAAGAACGGGCAGUGCAGAUGCCGCUCAGGAAUAACAGGCCGACGAUGUGAUCAGUGCGCUCCUGGUUCCUUUGGUUUUCCAAACUGCAAGCCCUGCAAUUGUAAUAGAGGAGGAACAGAACCAAAUGUUUGUGAUCCACAAACAGGAGUUUGCCUCUGUAAGGAGAAUGUUGAAGGUAUUCAGUGUGACAUGUGCCGCUCUGGAUCAUUUUACUUGGACUCCACUAAUCCAAAGGGUUGCACCAAUUGCUUUUGUUUCGGAGCAACCGAUAUUUGUCAUAGUACGAAUAAAGAUAGAAUCAAGUUUGUUGAGAUGAGGAACUGGCGCCUGAAAGAUGUGGAUAACAGUAUGAACAUCCCAGUCAUUUUUAAUCCCGGCAGCAACAGUGUUGUUGCUGAUGUCCAAGAGCUCCUUCCCUCUGUGUGCAAUUUGUAUUGGGUGGCACCUCCAUCUUACUUGGGAGAUAAGCUUUCUUCAUAUGGGGGCUACUUAAUGUAUCAGGUUAAAACCUUUGGAUUACCCAGUGAAGGCAUGACUUUACUGCAAAAAAGGCCUGAUGUGCAGCUGACUGGGCAACAGAUGAAGCUAAUCUAUGUGGAUCCUAACAACCCUUUGCCUGACAAACAGUAUUAUGGUUCUGUUAAACUAGUUGAGGGGAACUUCAGACAUGCAAGCAGCAAUGACUUGGUAACACGGGAGGAGCUGAUGAUGGUCCUGUCUAGACUAGAAGGAUUACAAAUCAGAGGACUUUAUUUCACAGAAUCUCAGCGGUUAACCUUGGGCGAGGUUGGGCUGGAAGAAGCCACGGGUACAGGAAGUGGCAAUGCUGCUUAUAAUGUAGAGACAUGCUCCUGCCCCGCUGGAUAUCUGGGUGAUUCAUGCCAGGAGUGCAGCCCUGGAUUUUAUCGUGAGAACAGAGAUCGGCUGACAGGACGGUGUAUUCCUUGCAAUUGUAAUGGAAAUUCAGAUAGAUGCCUCGAUGGUUCUGGAAUUUGUCUUAACUGUCAGCAUAAUACUGCUGGUGACAACUGUGAGUAUUGCAGAGAAGGUUACUUCGGUGAUGCCAGUCAAGGAAACUGCAGGGCAUGUCGCUGCCCUUAUACAAACAGUUUUGCCUCCGGCUGCAUAGAAAAUGAUGGAGAUAUUCAAUGCUUCUGCAGAGAAGGCUAUACUGGAGUACAUUGUGAAAGCUGUGCUCCUGGUUAUUUUGGUAACCCACUGAAAUAUGGAGGAUUUUGUCAGAAAUGUAAUUGCCCUAACAAUGGCCAGCUACCGAACUGCGAUCGUCUGACUGGAGAAUGUAUAAAUCAAGAACCAAAAGACAUAGAUCCUCAUGAAGACUGUGAUGCUUGUGAUAGCUGUGUGAUUACUCUGCUAAAAGAUCUGAGUUCAAUGCAAGAUGAACUCCAAGUGAUUAAGUUCCAGAUGCAAAAUGUCAAUGCCAGUACCCACACACUGGGGCAGAUGAAGCAUCUGGAAGACCGGGUCAAACAGCUGAAGAGUCUGUUGAGCCGCUAUCGUUCCGUUAUUACCACUCAGGGCUCCAAAGUGGAUGAACUGGAUACAGAUUUCAUUGCCCUUAAUCAGAAUGUUAAUGCUCUAAGAGAAAAGGCUGAAAAUAAUUACAAGAAAGCAGAGACACUGUUCAAUAAUUUUGGUAAGACUAACCAGAGAGGAAAGGAUUUGAUUUCAAAGAUACAGAGUCUUGUCAUCAAUAUUAAUGUCCUCCUGAAUCAGGUACCUGGGACUUCUGGGGAAGGAACUUCUUUGCCUUCAGGAAAUGCUGCUGAAGAGCUGGCUAAAGCUCGGCAAAUGGUGAACGAGAUGAGAGACCGCAAUUUUGGCCUGCAGCUGAGAGAAGCAGAAAAAGAGAACGGAAAAGCUCAGAAUUUGCUGGAUCGUGUAAAGAAUGAACUACAGAAGCACCAAGCAGAAAACCAAGGUCUUAUUAAAAUUGUAAGAGAUUCAUUAAAUGAAUAUGAAUUGAAACUGAAUGACCUUCGUGAAUCUUUGAAAGAAGCAAAAGAACAAACAAAGUUGGCUGAAACUUUAAAUGUAGAUAAUAAAAUCCUCUUUGAAGAUAUCAAGAAACGGACUGAGGAGAUGUCUAAACAACAGAACGAGAUCUUGGAUGUUCUGGAUUCUGCUGAAGCAUCAUUGUCUAAAGCAAAUAGUGCAUUUGUAUUGCUGCAGAGGAGUAAAGAGGAAUAUGAAACUUUAGCUGCCCAACUGGAUGGUGCAAGGAAAGAGCUCACUGAAAAACUGAAGAGUCACUCUUUAGCAGCCAGCAAAGAACCUCUGGUAGUCAGAGCAGAAGAACAUGCCAUCUCUUUACAGGAGCUAGCAAAAAAGUUGGAUGAGAUCAAAAGAAAUGCCAGUAAUGAUGAGCUGGUAGCCUGUGCCAUGAAAGCUGCAAGUGCCUAUGAGGACAUUAUUAAUGCCAUCAAAGCAGCAGAGACCGCGGCCAACAGAGCUGCAGAUGCUGCCAAUUCAGCUGUAUCAACAAUGGAGAAGAAAGAUCUAGCGGGAAGGGCCAACAGACUGAAGACCAGCAGUGGCAAUCUACUAAAUCAAGCCCAGGCAGCACAAAAGACACUACAGGAAAUCAGUCCAACUCUUGACAAUGUAAAGAGUCGACUUCAAGAUGCUGAGCGUAAGAAGAAUAUGAUUCAAGGAGAUCUCACAGACUUCCAAAAUCAACUACAAGGGAUGAAGAGAGAUGACAUAGAAAGCAUGAUCAUGAAUGCAAAGAACAUGGUCAAAAAUGCCAACGAUAUUACUACUAAUGUACUUGAUGAAUUGGACCCAAUUAAAACAGAUGUUGAAAACAUAAAAAACACCUAUGGAACCAUGCAGAGUGCUGACUUCGACAAUGCUCUGAAAAAAGCAAACAAUACAGUAAACAACUUGACAAAUAUCCUACCUGAUCUAUUUAACAAGAUCACCAGCAUCAACCAACAACUUAUGCCAAUAAGCAACAUAUCUGAAAAUAUAAAUCGUAUCAGAGAGCUCAUCCAGCAAGCAAGAGAUGCUGCAAACAAGGUUGCUAUUCCCAUGAGGUUUGAUGGCAGUUCCGGGGUAGAGGUUCGACCUCCAGACAUUCUUGAAGAUCUGAAAGGCUAUACGUCCCUGUCCUUAUUUCUUCAAAGACCUCUCUCACGAUUGGACAGUCCACAGCAGACAUCUGACAUGUUUGUCAUGUACUUAGGUGACAAAGAUAGUUCCAAAGACUACAUCGGCAUGGCUGUUCGGGGUGGCCGUCUUAUUUGUGCCUACAGCUUAGGAGGCAAUGAAGCUGAAAUAGAAGUUCUUGAAACGGUGUCCGAUAGUGACACCAGGGAAGCGACUAUGGAUCUUGUGAAAUUUGAGAGAAUUUACCAAUAUGCAAAGCUGAACUACAUUAAGGGUGCAACCUCCUCUUCACCAUUAAGUCUAGGACCUUAUGAGGACAGCAGUGGGGAUCAGUAUACCCUCCUCGACUUGAAUCCUGACAAUGUGGUCUUCUAUGUUGGAGGAUACCCACCAGAUUUUACACCCCCUGAUACACUGAAUCAUCCUCGGUAUGAAGGCUGCAUUGAAUUUGACAGUUUAAAUGAGAGAGUUCUAAGCCUGUACAAUUUCAAGAGGACUUUUAAUCUCAACACUACUUUAGUACAACCAUGCAGAAGAUACAAAGAACAGUCUGCCAAAAUCUAUUUUGAAGGCACAGGUUAUGCACGUGUUAAUGCUGCUCCUCCAAGUGUCUCUCACAUACGGUAUGAACAAACUAUUCAGACUACUGCAGAUGAAGGACUGGUAUUUUUUGCUGAAAAUCAGGACAAAUUCAUCAGUUUGAGGAUUGAAGAAGGUCAUCUAAUAUUCAGAUACAAAAUAGAUUCACAGCCCCCAAAAGAGAAAGAGAGCUCAUUGAUCAUCAACAAUGGAAUGGAUCAAGUGGUUGUUUUACAUAUUGCUCCUCAGCAGUUUACUCUGAUUGAUAAAUCUACAGUACAAGCAAAGGCAACUACAUUUCGGUUUGAUUCAUAUUACUUGGGUGGAGCUCCAAACUCUUUAAGAGAACGCUUUAAUAUAACCACACCUCCAUUUCGUGGAUGCAUGAUGAAUGUGAGAACUUCAUUUGAGUCUUCCAUUAGCUUCUCUGAGACUCUUGGUGUCAGCAGAAAAUGCCCUGAUGAUUGGAAGAUUGUGAGAGUUGCAAGUUUUUCCAAGAAUGGAGUACUUGGUUUGAGUGAUGAAGGCUUUCAAUUUCCGAAUGAUUUCCAAGUUGGUUUUGGCUUUCACACACUGGCGCUUGAUGGAACCUUGUUGAAUUACAAUUUACGGUCUGAUAUAUUUAGUGUUAUCCUGAGAAAUGGCUCUGUAAUUGUAAGGAUAGCUGAUGAAGAAAUCCAGUCUAGCAAAGGAUAUGGAGAUGGUGUAAUUCACUAUGUAACAGUGAUGAAAGAAGACGACACGCUUAGAGUGAUUAUUGAUGAUGCCUCUGAAUUAACAAUGUUUCCUCCAGCUGGAAGGAAAAUGCUCAGUCAUCCAAUAGACCUUGGUGGUAAUAAUUUUGAAGGUUGCAUUUUCAAUGUCUUUAUACAAAGAAAAGGACAAUUUCCUCACGUACAAAGUCUAACCAAUUAUGAUAGGAAAACUGAUGUGUCUUUAGGAUUCUGUAUGAUAAGAAGACAACCACAGCCAAUGCUACUGCGAGAAUUAGCAGAUGAGUACCCUCCAAUGGCUUUGAAGUGGAAAAAAGCCAUGGCCUAUCUGAAAGAUGCAAGUUCACAGCAAAGCAACAAAGGUUGUGCUUUCCACACUCCAUUACAUUUUGUCACUGGAGCUUAUCACUUUGGCAAUACCCCUGACACUUAUUUGUUAUUUACGUCUUCUCAAAUGUCAUCAAGAGGCCGGUCACACUUUGCAGUUGAUGUUCGUACAACAUCAUCUAGAGGUCUGAUCUUCUUCAUGGGAGAGAAGCUGGAGAACAGAUAUAUAACUCUUUACCUUUCAAAGGGACGUUUUGUCUUUCUGCUUGCUGCUGAUGGAAGAAAAAUAAAGAUCAAGAGCAAAGCCAAAUACAGUGAUGGACAAUGGCAUACAGUGGCGUUCAGCCAGACUGGAGAGAAGAUGCGCCUCAUAGUUGAUGGCCUGAAUGCUCGACAGGGGAAUAUACCGCCUACUUUCUCUAUCAGGACUGAGUCUCCAAUCUACCUAGGAGGAGUUCCUUCAUUAAAGAUUCAGAAUAUACCAAAAAAGAGCUUUGUAGGAUGCUUAAGAGCUUUUAACGUGGGAGGAAAGCCUGUACACACUUACCAUCAGAACAGUGGUGUCUUGCCUUGUCUGGAUAACACUUUGGAGAAGGGGAUUGCCUUCUUCAAUGAAGGGGGACAUGUUGUCAUUGAAAGAACUUUCUUGAUGAACUUGGACUAUAAGAUUGCUUUUAGCAUUAGCCCAAGAAGCUCCACUAGCCUGUUAAUCCAUAUUGGCACCAAGCAAGAAAACUAUUUUGCUGUUUACAUGGACAAAGGUGUGGUCACUGCCUCUGGAAAUAAUGGUGCUGGAGAAUUCUUGACGUCACUCACACCUCAGCAAUCUCUUUGUGAUGGAAAAUGGCACUCCAUAGCAGUAACUCAGAAGAAGAACACAGUGCACCUUGAUGUGGAUACAAUGAGUAAUUACACUACUGGACCAUCAACUGUACUUUCCACCAGCCAUGCUCAACCACUUUACUUUGGGAGAGUUCCAGCAAACCUGGAAAUGCCAUGGCUUCCUGUUCAGGACAUGUUUCUUGGCUGUCUGAAGGAUGUUAAAAUCAAUGACAAACCGGUCUUAAUACGCAAAAAUGCAGACAUCCAUGGUGGUGUCAGUUUGCAAGGGUGCCCUGUUAAUUAAUUGUUUCACAUCUAUCAUCUCAGGGUAAAAUCUCAUAAUGUACUGUAUGAAAGGCUACAAUAUGGUUCCAUUUCUUCUCCUCUCUUUGUAAUACUUGCCAUUUGUGUAAACAUGGUUUAAAGAUGUAUAUGUUUUUCAGAAAUGUGGACUUUGUUGGCAUUGUUAGAUGCAUUAUGAAAUAAUGUUCACUUGUCUGUGCACCAUUCACUUUGUACGAUAGGGCCAUGUGAAAUAUAAAACGGUCUUGUAUAUAAUAUUAUCUGGUGAAAUUUGGCUCUCAGUUACAGUGAUGCACAACCAGAGCAAUUGCUUUGACAUAAGAGUCAAGCCUUGAGGCUCUUGAUAUGACAGGAAUACUCAAAUUGGAACUAGAAAAAAAUGUAUGAGUUGCAAGAAGAAUCUGACCUUGUAAGCAGAAUUUUAUGAAAAUAGAAAAUGAUGUCGGGAUGCUGAUCCAGUUCUUUUAUAGUGACGUGUGCAUUACAUAAGUGACAGAAAUAAUAUAAAAUGAGAAUGAAGCACUUUUUAAAAAAGUGAAAUCCUGGAGUGACCAAAUAAAUACAACUUGCUUUAUAAAAGUCUUCUAUUUACUUAUUGGACCAACACAUAGCAAGAUUUUAAUCAGCUUUAAUCAAAAAGCUACGCUUGUUGGAUACUGUUGCCAAGUGUUGACUUGCUGGCCUUCUGGCUCUUCCAGUUAUGUGAUUCAGUGAUGGAUGCCCUAUUAUUAUAUUCCUCCUGGAGCCCCUAGCAAAGAAGCAGCCUAUGAAUCUAAGUAAGUAGUUAUAUGGCAUGACAGGCUACUAAUACACCUACCACGAUAUCAUCAUCGUCACCAUCAUCAUCACUACUACACUAAAGACAGCUUUGCAGGAGAGUUCAGUAGCAUUGGCAAGAACUCCUGUUAAUGUCAGCAUAUUCUUGAUGAUUUCUUGCUAGUCAACCUUAUUAAAGGAAGCGCAUCCUGUUUCCAUUUUUGAGUGCCACAUCGCCCUAUUCAUCUCCCGCUGAAUAUAUAAUUAUUCAUGUGCCCAAAUGUGUCAUUUUGACAGCUUACCUCUUGCAGUAAUUGAUCCAAUAACCCCAUCAACAUGACAAUUAAAGGCCUGGCACAGGUGAAAAGAACAAUGCAGACUCACUAGCAUUUGGCAAAGCUGGGCCACCAAUUGUACAUCUCUUUUUCAAUAGCUUGAUGGUAUCAUCUUGGAAAAGGCACCUCUUCUAGAUUCUUAACCACAAUGGAUACAAUGCUUUGUUUGGCUGUUCCUCCCAGAGGAAGGAGGCCAAAUAGGAAUCUGCCCCUUGCAAAUUUCACUCCACAGCAAAUAGGGAGGAACAAACCAAUAUAUUUUUGUUUCCAAAUGGAAGGCAAGUUUAAAGUAUAGAAGUUAUCUUAAUAUAAAACCCACAACUAUCCUAAUUUGUUGUUUCCUGGUGUCCCACUUUUCAGCUGCUUUUAAAAUGUCUUGGUUUUUCUCGUCCUCACAUUUUCCUCUUUUGUUCUCAUGUGGUACAAACUGAGGUAAAAGUGCAAAACUAGUUGGCACUUACCUAACUCAAUGGGAAGAGGAGAGGAGUGGUGGGAUUGUGACCUAUAGAAUCAGGCAAAAGCAAACUGCUACAGGCUAUCCCUGCUUGUUAUUUCUUCCUCAGUAAUAACUAUUACAGUAUUGAGCAAACUCUGAUGUUAUUUGGCCCCACAUAUGUCCUAGUUUUCAUCUUUAAAAUAUUGAGUAGAGACUUCCACAGUCGAGGCACUGCCACAGAGAAAGGCUUGUAAUGUGUACCCACCAACCCAAAUUCACAAAGUGUUAGGACACACAAUAGAGCCUCCUCUGAAGAUCUCAAACAUCUGGCAGCUCACAUGGGAGGAGGCAGUGUCCAGAUAUCCUGGCCAUGAGUAGUUUAUGGUUUUAUAGGUUAAUCCCAGCACCUGGAAUUGAUCUCAGAAGCAAAUUGGAUACUAGUUUUUGCAGGACCAGUGUUAUGUAGGCUAUAAAAACGGCACACUAGACAGGAAUCUAGAUGUUGCAUUUUGCACUACCUACAGCUUUUCAAGGUCAGCCUAACAUAGAAGGCAUUGCAGUAGUCUAAAUGGGAAACAACUGAGGCAUGAAUCACUGUGGCCAAAUCUGUCUUCCCCAAGAAAGGGUACAAACUCGUACAACAGUAUCUUCUCGUUAUGUGACCAAAAUACUUCAUCUUUGCCUCUAAUAUCCUACCCUCCAGUGAGCAUUCAGGCAUUAUUUACAGGAGUAUGGAAUUAUCGUUGUAUCUGAACAUAAACUUCCUUGAGAAGACAAGCUUACCUAAUACUGUCUAUAAAUGGUAAUACUUAUAUUUCUAAAUGUAAAUAGCCUAAGGUUGACAGUGAUUAACUGCCUUAGUGACAUAUUGUCAAAUAGUAUGAUCAGGGUGUAAUUAUAUGUUCAGGAUAUAAUUGUAUCCUCAGUAACCAGAUUCACAUUUGGACUAGGAAGAGGGUGGUCAUCAGUGAAAAUGUACAAUUACCCAGAACAUUCAAGGUGCCUUUCCUGUGGCAAGUAUUUACAUCCUAGACUGAAAUGUCCUGAAUCUCUUAUUCUUAACCUUCACCCUGCAAGUCUUUGUGUCAUCUUCCUGUUGUCUGUGUUGCCUCCACUAAGAGGUCCUUUACAAUGAGCAGCCCAGUCUCCCCAGGAUACUUUUGAAAUGUGCUCCAAACUAAAUAAUAAAUAAAUAAAAUAAAACCAAACUAAAACAGUAAAUGCAAAUCGGUGCAAGCAAGAAUAAUAAGCAUAUCUUCACAAAACCUUAUUUGCCUCCUAUAAGCUGUUCACUGCAGUAUUGAGCAGUUCAUGAUAAUUAAAGGGAAGUCUUGAUUAUCACACCUAUAAGUGGAAAUUUGGAAAAAACAGAUUUUGGAUUACAAUUCCCUAAAUUCUCCAGCCAGCAUGUAGUCCAAAAAUAAAAUUUACAAGUGUAGCCUCUUUUGUAUGACCCUGCAUAUGUAUGUAUGUAUGUUGUUUUUAAAACUUUAGUGCAGCCUCUGAUGUUCCGAAGCAGUAUAAAUAUUGCUGUAUUUAUAUUAUAGAAAAUCAGCAUUAUCCAGUAUGGUAUGUAUAAAAUGUUAAGAUGCAUGGUCUGUUGUGGAGGUGGCCGAUGACUGGCUGGGGAUAUGAAUGUACUUUUGAAAGUGCAACUAUAUUAGUGUCAAACAGUCAGGAUAGGAGAGUGGUCCCCCAUCCACAUUGCAGAAUUAUAGCAGUUUUGACACCACUUUAAUUGCCACAAGUCCAUCCUAUAAAAUCCUUAGAUGUUUAGCCUGUUGUGGCACCAGAGUUCUCUGUCAAAGAAGAGUAAAUAUAUCACAAAAUCUCAGAAUUCUAUAGCAUUGAGCCAUGACAACUAAUGUGGUGUCUAACGAUUAUAAUUUGUAGUUGGUUGGAAAGAAAUCUACACAGUCACAAAGGUGACUGCCAAAGAGCAGCUGUAAGAACAGUUGUUUAAGAUGGGUUUUCACAGAAGGUGGCAGAGACUUAGUCAAUCACAAAUGGAUGAUCAUACAUGAUGGCAAUGGUGGGAUGUACAGUCCACAAACAGAGAGGUGUGGUUAUUGUGCUUCACUGCUACGUUUUCAAUGCAUAGAAUGCCAUGACAGAAAGAGCUCACACACUGGAAGUGCCAUUGCUUGACUUCAGACAGCAGUGGAACUUGCUUCUUAUAGAGAUUUUGUUGCAUGAAUCCAGUUCUUCAGGUUCAGGGUCAUUGAACUUGAAAUAUAAUCAAACUGCCUCCUGAUUCCACUUGGUUGCCUCACCUCACAGAUCUUAUGCCUGCUGCCAGGAAUCCUUAGGUUCCUUACAGUCAUUCACUAGGGAAUCAAAGAUCAUGCUACCUCUCCAGCUACCUCUCCUACUUCAGCUUUGCUUUGCAGAGUCUUUAUGUCUCCUGCACUAAAGCAUGCAUGUUAUUGUCUUCCUCUCCUGUGUUAGGGGAAGGAUAGAGUUAUCUGGUCUCAGAGAUCGUAAACUGACAGAAAAGCCAGGGAAACAGGAGUUUCUUCUUCAAUAUUUUCUGACUGAAUGCUUUCCUUGUGGACACAAUAUUAAAUUGUUUGAACAGUAAGUUCUCUGUUUAAUUACAAGAUAAAUUGGCAAUGGUAAAUAUUUCCAUCAGCUUAUCCCAACAAGAGACCUUGUAUGAUGAGAAAGAAGAAAAGGAGAGCCAAAUGGCAGGCCCCAUCAGAGCCAAGGGUUGCUGACCUUGGAGGUGGAACAUGGACCAUUAUACCAUGUCGACUCCAAAGAAGAGGCAGAGAUAUUGGACUCAUCUGAAUGAUGAAUAUUAAACUGGCAAUAAAAGAGUAGUUCCUGCAGUGUUGUUUUUCUAAAAGGAUAGGUAAGGAGUUUCGCUAUGGUGACCGAAAUACCCUAAGAAACCAGAUCCUUUCUGCAGAGCAUUGAAUGUGUGCAAAGUGGGGUCAAUCCUGCUAAGUACUUGGAUGGGAGAGUGCCAAUCAACACUACAUGCUCUAGGCUGGAUCUCAGAGGAGGGGACUGAGAAAAGUGAGUAUUCAUUGUCUUAGAAAACCCUAUGAAAUCCAUGAGAUCAUCUUAUGUCCACAAGUGACAUGAAGGUACAAAUAAUCACACAUUCCAAGGAGCACAACCCUUGGUAUGUUUGCUGCAAGCCAAAAACAUACUAUUUUUGUUUGGUUGUUGUGUUACAUUCUCUGCAUUCUUGUUUUCUGAGUUUCAAGCCAUUCCUUGGACUCUUCCCUUCAGAGACUCCUUGCUUAUCUUUGGACUCUUCUUGGAUUUCUUUCUCAGAUCCUGGACAGCAUUGGCCAUGAGUUUACUGUUAUGGAUGCUUUGAUUUCUCCUUCAUUUACUCUUUUGAAUCACUGGCAUGCCCUCCAAGAGACCUACCAUUCUGAACUAGGAAAACAGUGUUCAUUUGCCCUAGGAUCGAAGACGAGAUGACAUCCCCAUUCCUACCAGUUUAUGUAGAAAAAUAAAUGUAAUUGGGAGCUGAAUGUUUCUACAAGGGUGGUGCGGUGCCAGAAUUACCCAUUAUACCUGAGGGCUGAAAAGUGGUUUAUGUAGUGCAAGAAAGGCAGUAUUCAUUGUUCUGUUGUCUAAUCAAAGGCCCUGGUUGACUCAGAAGGACUCACCCCAACCCUUGGAAGGGCCUGCCCUGGUUUUUCAAAUAAUCUGGCUGAACUUCUGGGACCAUUGAGGAACGACCUUUUAACCCUUUCCCUUCAACAAUAUGUCUUUUCACCACUCAACCCGCAACUUGAUUCUUGAGAAGAAAAAUCUAGGGUCCUUAUUCACUUUUGUGGUUAAGAAGCAGCUUGGAAGAGAGCAGAUAUCCAGAGAUAUACCUUUAGUCCCGUGGUUCUCAACCUGGGAUCCCCAGAUGUUUUUGACCUUCAACCUCCAGAAAUCCUAACAGCUGGUAAACUGGCUGGAAUUUCUGGGAGUCAUAGGCCAAAAACAUCUGGGGACCCCAGGUUGAGAACCACUGCUUUAGUCACUCUUUCCCAUGUUCAUUCCCAAUUCUGGCAUCUCUUGUCUGCUUUGUUUUAAAGUCAAUAUAAGAAAUCAAACAACCUGGCCUAGGCUGAACAUGAAGAAGGCCUCUGACUAAAGCUUUUCCAAGACUUAAUAUCUUAACACAGCUGUUGCCUAUAUGGAUAAUGCUCUCACUUGAAUGUUCCUGAAAAUUAUUGUGCUUGGAUGCACACAGUUCAUGCAUUUAAGUGAAGAAGAAUCCUUCACAUUUGAGCUUACAAAGGAAAAUGAAGGCUUGCAUCAAUCUCUCCGCUAAAUUAUAUACUAUGCUUGGUUAUUUUCCCAAGUGCAUGUGACAAAGCCGUUCACACCCCAAAAUGCUAUUUCCCAGAGUUUGUCUGUGAGAGAAAUAGAAACAAACAUUCUUACCAGCAUGGUAAUGCAGAACAAUGCAGAACAUGUGGGCAUCAUAUAUUACCGCUGAACUAGUCAGCAGGAUGCCAGAGGUCCAGGAUCAGCAUUUCUAGUGGUUUGAUUUAUUUUAUUUUGGCUCAAAGCUGCUUGAUCGGGGGACUGUGUGUGUAGGUGGUGUUUUCCUCCCUUUCCUCCCAUGCUGAUUCUUCAGUUGAAAUUUAUCUUAUCUUGGAAAUGUCUUUUAUCUGCUCCCUACUUCCAUGCAUUGUGGAAAUGACAGUAGUUUUAUUUCUGGAAAGAUCAGAGGAAAUAGAUGGGGAGUACGUUGACUACACAUACCAUUGCCCAGUGCUGUUUGUCUGAGUAAAUGACGUUCCCAUGCAGCUGCGUUCAACUGAAAUAAAUAAAAACAUAAAUAGAUGUACAUUCUAAUUACAGAAAUCCAGAGCCAUAUGUAAUUUGCUGUAAAUAGGUUUUAGAAAAGGACAAGCACCUGCUCCUUGUGAAAUAAAUUUAAACUGGUUUAUUUUUGGUUGUACUGAAGGCGAUGCCCAGAAUCACGAAGAAAAGCAACUGCAAUAGUCACCAAGGUCAGUGAGGGGCUAAACAGUGGACUCAAAUGGAGAGUGACAAGAGUGUUGGCCAAGGCACAACCUACGAGGUUAUACAUUGCUCCAAACAAGAACUGCCAUUUUCAAUAAAGCCUUAUGAGACUUACAAGAAAUGUCAAGAAGAGGGGAGCUAUCAUUUAACCCCCUGCUUCCUGGAUAUUCCUUAAUUAUGAAAAAGAUUGACAUUCUUCUGACAAUCGUAUGCCAGACUCUUAGAAGGUUUAUUCUUUAAAAAAAAAGAAAAGAUUAUGUGCAUUUGGUUGCAUACAUCAGGAUGGGCAGGGUAUGGCUCCACAGAAAUUGUUAGACUGCAAUCCCAUACUUCUUCCCCAUUGGCUAUGGUUACCAAGGCAUAUUAGAUUUGUAGUUUACCUACAAUUGGAGGUCUACCUUGGCAUAUAAAACAGAUUGUCAUGCUUGAAUAUAUGAGGAUAAUUGUGGUUAAAGGAGCAUUACACAGAAAAGGAAAUGUGCUUGUGGGGUUUUUUCGGCCUCAUAUGCCAAAAUCUAUGUGCUUUCUCUUAGUGGGAAGGGAUGACAUUUUCUACUUUGACUCAUGUAGCAAAGUAACUUAGGCUGGUUCUGCUAAAUGGGUGUUUCGGCCCCAAGAUUGCCUUACUCAUAAUCCACAUUACUACUCACUUAUCCCUCAAUUACACUUGCCUUUGAUAUGAUUACUAACUGGAGCUGCUUACAGGGAGCGGUCAACCCCCUGUUCAAGCAGCUUCACUGGCUGCCGAUAAUAUUCCAGGCCCAAUUCAAGGUGCAGGUUAUUACCUAUAAAGCUCUAAACAGUUCAGGACCUGCCUAUCUUCGUGACCGCAUCGUCCCCUAUGAACCUAGGCGCUCUCUGAGAUCUUCCGGGGAGGCCCUCCUCUCACUUCCGCCUUCCUCACAGAUACGUCUGGUGGGGACGAGAGAGAGGGCCUUCUCGGCUGUGGCCCCUCGGCUCUGAAACUCCCUCCCCAGGGAGAUUAGGUUGGCGCCCUCCCUACCAUCCUUUAAGAAACAAUUGAAAACCUGGAUGUUUGGUCUGGCCUUUGGAGAGACAGCCAUUGGAUGACCAGCCUCAUUAUAAUUAUAAUUCUAUUCUGAAUGUUAUUAGGUUCCUUUCAUUGGGAUAUUUUAAUCUAAUGAUUUUAUCUUAUAUUGCUGCUAUAGUCCCCCCACCUUUGAAGUUGACUGAAUUGCAUUGGUGGUUGUUUGAUAUUAUUACUAUUGAUAUUAUUACUGUUGUUUAAAUCUUUGUUUUAACUUGUUUUAUCAUCUUCUUGUGUUUUAAACUGUGUGUAUUGUUAAUGUAUUUGCGCUGUUACUUUUGUAACAUUGUGAGCCGCCCCGAGUCCCCACGGAGAGAUGGUGGCGGGGUAUAAAUAAAGUAUUAUUGUUAUUAUUA